GCGCCGUCCGGAUCUGCGCCCCGCUGGUGUCAUGUGACGGAGAAGUGCUCAGGUCCCUUUCGAGAGAAGGACGCGGUAAGCUGUGGAGUCCUGGGCUGAGCGGACGGCGGGCGGGAUGGAGGCAACCCUAGAGCAGCACUUGGAGGACACAAUGAAGAACCCAUCCAUUGUUGGAGUCCUUUGCACAGAUUCACAAGGACUUAAUCUGGGCUGCCGCGGGACCCUGUCCGAUGAGCAUGCUGGGGUGAUAUCUGUCCUGGCUCAGCAAGCAGCUAAGCUAACCUCAGACCCCACUGAUACUCCUGUGGUGUGUCUAGAAUCAGAUAAUGGGAACAUCAUGAUCCAGAAACAUGAUGGUAUCACAGUGGCAGUGCACAAAAUGGCCUCAUGACAUUUCCUCUCAGUUCUCUCCAGCAGCCCGUCACAGGGACUCAAGCCUACCUAUGUAAUUAUCUUAUAGAAUUAUUAAAGUUGCAAUAGGUCAGCCAUUCAUCUUGUGUGCAUUGGGUACUUUUCUAUUAAUAUUAGAGUACACAUGCUGCUUUUUGACACACCAUAGACUGACAUAUGAAAAUAUUACUAAGUGAGGAUCAUGUUUUAAAGCAGCAGGUCCAGGCCAUUUUGUAUAAAGAAUUUUGUUAUGUUCAAUAAAUCUGGUUGGAGGAA